AUGGAAUUAGAAAGGUUAGCAUCAAAAAUUUCUACUUUACAGGCAUUUCUAAAAACAAAACUAGUCCAAAUCGAAUUGUUGCGUAUACUUCAGUAUUGGUACCACAACCAGAUAAACUACGUUAGGUGGGCCGAUAAGCUCUCGUCGCCAUACAGUUUGAACUGUGGAGUUAGACAAGGCGGGAUAACCUCGGCGAAACUUUUUAAUCUCUAUAUAAAUGACCUGAUUGUUGAGCUCAGCAGCAAGAAAAUUGGAUGUCGCAUUGAUGACGUGAGUAUCAAUAACAUCAGCUAUGCUGAUGACAUGGUGCUGCUGAGUCCAACAAUCAGGGCAAUGAGAAACUUACUAGCUUGUUGUGAGUCAUACGCUCUGACGCAUGGCCUAGUAUAUAAUGUGGCAAAAAGUGAAUACUUGGUCUUUGGGGCAGGUGGUGGUAAAUAUCCAGAGGUCGUACCUGUAAUUAAACUGAAUGGUACUGAACUAAAACGCGUCUAUCAAUUUAAAUAUCUAGGUCAUUAUGUGACUGCCGACCUUAAGGAUCAAGUGGAUAUAGAGAGGGAGCGUAGGGCGCUGGCAGUCCGAUGUAAUAUGGUGGCGCGAAGGUUUGCUCGUUGUAGCAAGCAAGUAAAAGUAACGCUUUUCAAAGCUUACUGUCAAGUGUUCUAUACGUGCAGCCUUUGGACCAACUAUACGCAGCGGGCUGUCAGUGCUUUGCGCGUCCAAUACAAUAAUGGAUUCAGGAUGCUGAUGGGGCUGCCUCGUUUCUGCAGUGCAUCUGGUAUGCUUGCUGAGGCAGGAGUUGAUGGAUGCCAUGCCAUCAUAAGAAAAAAGUCUGCUUCGCUGCUCUGCAGACUGAGAGCUAGCUCCAACUCCAUCCUGGGCACCAUAGCAUGGAGAUUUGACUCUCCGCUGUUACUAGGAAUUGACGAGUACAUAACAAAGUGCUCGUUACAGCGGCCUCGUCUCUCUCUGGGUGACGUCAAUCUCGGCACUGGCAAGGUGCCUCUGAUUCGUACCGACUGA